GAAAGUAGUUCCAGCAGUUGAACCUCCAAAUAAGUUCCCAAUAGGAACCAAUGAGAUUGCUUAUACUGCAACUGAUCCUACUGGAAACUCCGGAACAUGUCAAUUCACGAUCAAAGUCAUUGAUACCCAACCACCUCGUGUUGACUACUGCAUCUCACCAGAACCAUUUAUCGCAACUCAUGGGACUGCAAAAGACAUUACCUGGGAAAUUCCAGAAUUUUCUGAUAACUCUGGAGAAGAACCUAAAGUAGUUCAAGACAAUGGGUUUGGUGAAUAUCCUGUAGGGUUCCAUCUUGUGACGUAUACUGCUACAGAUAGCUCCGGCAACAACAACACAUGUAUCAUUGAGAUUUUUGUACAACCGCAUAAAUGUGCCUAUCCACAGGAUCCUGUGAAUGGUGUUGCUAUCUGCGCAGCAACUACAGAUACGAGAUAUGUGUGUGUCCUGGAAUGCAUGGGAGGCUAUGACUUUGCAAUAGAACCUGCUCCGUCAUAUGAGUGUGAAGUCUCAAGUGGUAUUUGGGAACCUGAGGAACAAAUGCCUUUCCCAGAUUGCGCAGAAUCAUUUGUAUCAAACAAUGUUAUACAAUCAGGCACUGUCAUAUUCGACUCUCAAGACAGGUGUGAUGACAGACUAGUGCAAAACCAACUGGAGACAAUGUUUGAGGAAAUCAUGAAUCUACAGAUUCAAGAUGGCUGUGAACAAGAUGUAAACUGUGAAAUUAAUGAUAUAUUCACAGAAUGUCUUGAGAGGAUUGACGAAG